GUGCCCAUAUAGGAUCCCGGCAUGUGCAAGGCUAGGACUUUAGCCACUAGGCUACCAUGCCGGGCCCUUGUUAGAACUUUCUAAGGGUCACCUGUAAUGUCCACAGCCAUGUCUGACUCCUCUACCUACCUCCUGGCCCAUGGGCAGUCCUAUUUAUUUGUCCGUGCUAUCCUCUAUGGCUGCAAAGCUUCCCCUGGCUGCGAAUGAGCAAACCCUGAGCCCAACCUGUGCUUUCAUAGCCUAGGGUUGUAUUAUGCUCAGUGCAUAACUCCCCUAGCCAGUCUGUUUCUCCUUGGGGACGGGGCGCAUGGAUCCAUUAUCUGCGUGUCCUGAGGCCCAGCAGGGGCUAGACCAGGACUGGAAUGUAUGUCUCUCAGGAAGUGGGGCCCAUCUCUGGUCACUGUGCUUAGUGGGCUUCCUUGAAGAGGAGUCUUCUGCUUCAAUUUUGACCAGCUCCAUUUCCCAAAGCAGCCAUCUGAGGAUGUGUGUCCUUGCAUGCCUGGGCUGGUGGGCCGGGGAAGUGUAUGGUCAGGAACAAGCUGUGUGCAAGGCCAUGGAGCCUUGAUGGGGCUGGAGCAAGAGCUGAGCAUCCUGCCCCUUGGAGAGGGCUCACUCAUAUUUAUGGGAGGUGACACAUGGCAGUCCCUUUUGAGGGCACUGUCCCACCCAGAGCCCUCUGCUGGGACAAGCAGAAGUCCGGCAGGGAGCUGUACCUGUAAGGUAGAGGAUGCUGGGGCCACUAAGCCCUCAGGCCUCUUGCUGUCAUCUUAGGGCCAUUAAAUGCACUGGUACCAUUUAAUCGGCGCCCGCUAACCCAGGAGGGCAGAUGCGAGGCUACUUUGCAUGAUCUCCAUUGGUGUGAUGAGGGCACUGAAAGUACCUGUAGGGAAUGAGGUAUUGUCUAAGUUGGGACCAAAUAUAGGGAGAUAAUGACUUUCACAAGAAAAUCAUCAAGAGGAUCGCUGCCGUUCACGAUGGCCGGUUAGGAAAACUGGGGCCCAUGGUGAGAAGCGCCAACAGAGGCUACCGCAGCACUGGGAAUCUCUGGACUAGGGGAAACACAGGCUCCCUGCUCACUGCCUGCCUAUUCCUUUGUAGAUCUUGUCCUUUGCUGACUGUGGAGCAGAUUGGGCAGCGGCCCCUUUGGACCCAGUCCCUGGAGCUGCCCGAGCUAGCCAUGCAACCCUUACCUGCUGGGGCCUUUCUAGAGGAGGUGGCAGAGGACUCCACAGCCCAGGCGGAGAGUGAACCAAAGGUGCUGGACCCUGAGGAAGAUCUGAUGUGCAUAGCCAAGACCUUCUCCUACCUUCGUGAAUCUGGAUGGUAUUGGGGUUCCAUUACGGCCAGUGAGGCCCGGCAACACCUGCAGAAGAUGCCAGAGGGCACAUUCCUAGUAAGAGACAGCACCCACCCCAGUUACUUGUUCACGCUGUCGGUCAAAACCACCCGCGGCCCCACCAAUGUGCGCAUUGAGUAUGCUGACUCCAGCUUCCGCCUGGACUCCAACUGUUUGUCCCGACCCCGCAUCCUGGCCUUUCCAGACGUCGUCAGCCUUGUGCAGCACUAUGUGGCCUCAUGUGCUGCUGACACAAGAAGCGACAGCCCUGAUCCUGCUCCUAACCCAGCCCUGCCUGUCCCUAAAGAAGAUGCCCCUGGUGACUCCGUGCCGCCAACCCCUGUGACCACAGCUGUGCACCUAAAACUGGUGCAGCCCUUUGUGCGCAGAAGCAGUGCCCGCAGUCUGCAGCACCUCUGCCGCCUCGUCAUCAACCGUCUGGUGACCGAUGUGGACUGCCUACCCCUGCCCCGGCGCAUGGCUGACUACCUCCGACAGUACCCCUUCCGACUCUGACUAAGCCUGCACCUGCCCAGCCACACACUGCAGGGGAUACCUCCAGCUGGUCUCAAGCUCCUGCUGUCCCUCCUGUCCUCCUGGUGCCUGCAUGCACUUGGCAGCUAAACCAAGAAGAGCCAGCAAGAGCAAGAUGGGGACAGGGCUGGGGGGGAGCUGUCACACAACUUGGAGGCCAGUAUUCCCAGGCCCCAUGUGGCUCCAUUGUGGUGAGCCUUGUAUCAGAGGAGAGAGGCAGGCAGGACCUGUCUCACCCUGUGGAUUGGGUCUAGGCCUCUGCACACUGGCCUGUCCCAGCCAGCUGAACUGUGUAGACUUGCCCAGCCCUGGUUUCUCAGCCCACAGGCUGGGGCAGGCCCCUACCUACCUCCAGACUCUGGUUCUGGGAGGGUGAUAGCAAUGAAAAUCUUGCAGAAAAGCAUGCCAGGCUGGGGCUGUACAGUUCAAGAAUAUUUAUUUAUUUAUUCUCCAUGAGGUUGGCCUCAGGGUUGGGCCACCCUACCUCUCUGCCCCAAGCCCUAGGUGGUCCAGAGAACCCACCUCUAUGCCAGCUUCCCAGCUCUUCCCUGCCGACAGCCACUUCCUGGGAUGUGCCCUAAGUGGCGUGGCACUGAAUCACCUGUGAAUUGCCCUCGCCCCCCUGCUCCAGCCCCAUGUUGCGAGGGUGGGAGCACAGGAAAUGAAGCCAGAGCCCCAUCUGCACAGAGCUGGUCUCCUGUGGCACAGGCCAUGUGCAGUAUGUGGGUUGAUUCAGGAAAGGGGUGCCAGUUGGAGGGCUGCACUGCUGAGCCUGUCAUGCCCAGGAAGUUGCCUGCAUGGGAGAAGAGAGAGAGAUACAUAUCUAAUAAGACUUUAUAAAAUAAUGAUCAUAACAAAAACAGAGUUUGGUGAUCUUUUUUCUUCCACUGUUUUUUCUGGUAAUGACAAUAAAAUUGUACCUUUCAUUUACA